AUGGUUAACAUCAGACAAGCCAAGAAGAAGAGAUCUUCUUUGCCCAAGGCAAAGGCCAAGAGAGCCGGUCUCCUCAAGAGCGGCAAGAAGAAGAUCAAUGUUCUGGGAAAUGCUAUCAUUGCGGAAAACUGGGACCGCAAGCAAACUCUCACCCAAAACUACCGCCGCUUGGGUCUCGUCCACCGCCUCAAUGCUCCAUCCGGUGGUUCUCAGAAGCGCGCAACCGCGGACGGUAUCCAAGGAGAGCCCGAAGAUUCCUUGUACAUCAAGAGCAGCACCGAGGCGCUCGCCAAGCAAACUGCCACAAGCGAAAUCAAGGUUGAGCGUGAUCCCGAGACCGGCAAGAUUCUGCGUGUGAUUCGCGGUGCGGCCGACGAAGAGGUUGAAAUCGCCGGACGCAAGGUCAAGCGCAACAACCCGCUGAACGAUCCCUUGAACGAGCUGUCGAGUAACGAGAUUGUCACACAACCCCGCCAAAACGCCUCCGGAAAUGGUAUUGUUGAGCAACUCGAGCGCCAGGCUGCGCAGGAGGGAGUGGCCGUCCGGGCGAAGAAGCCGCGCCAUCAGAGCACCAGAGAGCAAGAGUGGGUGACGAGAUUGAUCGAGAAGCACGGAGACAACUACUCGGCCAUGGCUCGCGACCGGAAAUUGAACCCGAUGCAGCAGACGGAGGGAGACUUGAAGCGGAGGAUCCGCAAGUUGCAGCAGAGCCGGUCAUGA